AUGAUCAUCCAAAAGUGUCGUGAACAUGGCGAUCGUGUGGCCAUGGUGGACGGAACAUGCAGCUCCUCCUCUGCACCCUUCUCCUCUCUCACCUUCUCCCAAAUGGCUACUCUCAUGAUCACCAUCGGAAACAACUUGGUCGAUUUGUAUCAAGUCGAGAAGGGUCAAGUAAUCGCUGUUUUAUUACCAAACAUGCCUCUGUUUCCAUGUAUCUUCCAUGGAGUAGGUUAUAUUGGAGGAAUUUGUACGACUUUGAAUCCAUUGUAUUCGGUGGAGGAAAUGCAAAGCCAACUGCAAGAUUCGAAUGCUAUCAUGAUGGUUACAGUUCAACCCUUGUUGGAGAAGGCUUUGAAGAGUGUGGAAGGAAGUGGUGUGAAGAAGAUUUUUGUGUUGGGAUUGAAGGAUCAGGAAGAACAAGUGGGAAAUGACAAGUGUCAAGUAUUGGAUGCCAAAGUGUUGUUGAAAACUCCAAAGAGUACUGAAAUGAUCUAUGAUCGAAAGAUUAAUCCAAAGGAAGAUUUGGUGGUGUUACCUUAUUCUUCUGGAACUACUGGAUUAUGUAAGGGAGUUUGUCUCACACACUACAAUCUUGUGAGCAACAUUCUUCAAAUCGGUGUUGAAUUGGAACCUCUCACCGCUGAGGAUGUCAUUAUUGCUGUCCUUCCUUUCUUCCAUAUCUAUGGACUCACAGUGUUGUGCAAUAAGGCUCUGUAUGAAGGAGCCAAAGCAGUAACCAUGGCAAAAUUCGAUUUGGAAACAUUCCUUAAACUCAUUCAAGAACACAAAAUCACUCGAGUUCAUUUGGCUCCACCAAUUAUUUUAGCAUUGGCUAAACAUCCAAUUGUGGACAAGUAUGAUUUGAGUUCACUUAGGGUGAUCUUGUCUGGAGCUGCACCACUUUCGGGAGAUGUGGCCAAGUUAGUAAGAGAUCGUUUGAAACUUGUGGUGAAACAGGGCUAUGGAUUGACAGAGUCUUCACCUGUUUUGAGUGUCUGUGGUGAUACUCCAGAACGUAUCAAAGAUGGAUCUGCUGGACUCUUACUCAAUCAUACAGUUCUCAAAAUUGUGGACACUGAAACUGGUGAAGAAAUUACAGAGUAUGGUAAAGCAGGGGAACUUUGCUUUGCUGGGCCCCAAAUUAUGAAAGGUUAUCUCAAUAAUGAUGAAGCCACUAACAAUACACUCAAAGAUGGAUUCCUUCACACCGGAGAUAUUGGUUACAUUGAUCAGGAUGAUUUUAUUUUCAUUGUUGAUCGUCUCAAAGAGUUGAUUAAAUACAAUGGACAUCAAGUGCCACCCUGUGAAUUGGAAGGAGUUUUGUGUAAACAUCCAAAAAUUCUUGACGCUGCCGUGAUUGGCGUUCCAAAUGAGGAAACUGGAGAAUUACCAAAGGCAUUUGUUGUGUUGAGACAAAAUGAGAACAUGACGGAGGAGGAAGUCAUGAAUUAUGUGGCAGAACAUGUGUCACCAGUAAGAAAGGUUCGAUUGGUUGAGUUUGUAAAUGAAAUUCCAAAGAGUGUGAGCGGAAAGAUUUUGAGAAGAAUUUUGAAAGCACGUGAAUUGGAAAAGUUAAAGAAGAAACAAUAA